AUGGCACUCCUUCUCGACAACGCACGUCGUCAAGUCCGCGCGGUCGCGCAAUGGCUGAAUCUUGCCCUUGAGACUUCUGGAGAAACGCAAGCAAGGAUUUUGUACCAGCCUUUGGAGACGGCAUUGAUUCGGGUAGCCGUCGACCUGAGAAUCUUCAACGCCCUUAGCGGAGGCCAGAAGGGAUCAAAAAGCCUGGACGAAUUGGCGUCUGUGACGAAGGCAGAUCCUGCAUUGCUAGGUACGCUGAUAUGUGUUUCUACUUCUACUCUGACGGUCAGAAGCUGA